GCAUCAUCGUCAUAAUCUAAAAUCGGCGGGGAAAAGAUCACAACCGCCUCCUCUUGCCGAUAUCCGGUCAACAAUGGGGGAACGGCGAAAUUUUGCGUGUGCGAAGACUCGGAGGGCUCAUCUGGGGUGUCUGACCUUGAUCAACGACAUGGUACGCCCUCCUCAGCGACUUUCCUUGGUUUGUAAUACUUUUGUGAUCGCCAGAAGUCGUUGGUGAUAAAUAUCCAUGGCACGGCGACGGCAUUGAAAUGAUCUUAUCACUGAGAAAACUUUGCCGGUAAAACACGGAACACGAACAGAACCUCAACUAUGGCCGAGUCAAUUCAAUGUGAGCAUGAGCACGACUCAACGCUCAUAUCCUCACAAACACAUCAUGACCAUGAAAAAAUCGAGGUUCAGAGCAUAGACUCCAAUGAAGAGCCCGUUCCAACAUUAGAACCACCGGCGCAUCACCACCACCACGUAGCCCACGGUGGCGACCGAGACGAAGACGCUAUCGACUACGAAUACCUCACUUUUGAAACGGCCAUACAUCUCGACGACUUACCCAGCUCACCCCAAGUUCCUCGGCCGAACCUGAAAAAGUACGAUACCCCAACGUCAUGGUCACCGACCCUCAAGACCAUCAUCCUCGUCCUAUGCUGCUGGUGCACCUUCUCCGCGGCCUACAGCGCCGGCGCAUACAGCAUCGCCUCGGAUCCUCAGCGCGCCAAAUGGCAUUUAUCAUCUCUGACAUUCGAAACCGGUGUGACAACCUGGGCUCUCGGCUUUGGGGUCUCGCCCAUGUUUCUCGCGCCGUUCAGCGAGAUCAAUGGCCGACGACCCGUGUUCAUUGCCUCCGCGGUGAUAUUCUUCGCGGGGCAAAUCGCGUGUGCCACGACGCCGAGUUUUGCGGGGAUGUUGGUGGCGCGGUUCUUCGUCGGUGCUGGGGCGUCGACGUUCGCGACGAUGGUUGGCGGUGUGGUGAGCGAUUUGUAUCACAGUGUUGAUCGAAAUACGCCGAUGGCUGUGUACUCGGGCUCUGCGCUGACGGGCACGGGGAUUGGGCCGCUGUGUUCCGGGUUCAUCAUUGGACGGGCGGACUGGCGAUGGGUAUAUUGGCAUCAGGUUAUUAAUCUGGGGAUCAUGCUUGUUGUGGUGUGGUUCUUCUUUAAAGAGACGAGGGGGAGUGUGUUGUUGAGUCGGAAGGCGAAGGUGUUGAAUGAGUAUCUUGAGAAGUUGGAUGCCGCUUGUAUCAACAAUGGCAUCAACGACAAUAUCAACGGCAAUGCCAGCACCAACGGCAAUGCCAGCACCAACGGCAACGCCAGCACCAACGGCAACGCCAGCACCAACGGCAAUGCCAGCACCAACGGCAAGGCCAGCACCAACGGCAAUGCCAGCACUAACAGCAAUGCUAGCACCAACGUUGCCAGCAACGCCAACACCGCCAGUGGCAACGGCAACGAUGUGAAAGCGAGACCAUUAAGUCAGGGUGUGAGGUUACGGUACAAAGUCGCUGCUGACGAAUCGCGCUCCUCACUAGCUCACAUGCUGUACCUAUCACUCACCAUCCCGUUCAAAUUACUCGCGACUGAACCGGUCGUCUUCUUUUUCAGCCUGUGGGUCGCAUUCGCCUGGGGAUUGUUGUACAUGACAUUCGAUGUGGUCCCCUUCGUGUUUACGAACAGGCACAACUUCAACACGGAGCAAGAUGGGGCUGUAUUCGCGGCUAUCAGCGUUGGCUCGAUCUUGGCCACGAUUAUAUGUGUUUUCCAAGAGAAGUGGGCGAAGAAGAUUUGGCCCAAACUUACGACUUCCCCUGAGGGCAGACUGUACUUUGCAUGUCUGGAGGCCGCGCUCUUGCCGAUCGGGUUGUUUUGGUUCGGCUGGACGACGUUCAGCAGCGUGUCGUGGGUCGCGCCUGUACUGGCGCUCGGGUGUGCGCAGAUGGGUAUCUUUGUGAUUUACCUUGCUGUGUUCAAUUAUUUGGCUGAUGUGUAUCAUCGGUAUGCGUCAAGUGCGUUGGCCGCGCAGAGCUUUUGUCGGAAUGUGCUGGCGGCGGUGUUUCCGCUGUUCGCGGAGCAGAUGUUCACGGGGCUUGGGUAUGGUGCUGCUGCUAGUUUGUUGGGUGGGAUUGCGGCGCUACUCACGCUUGUGCCGUGGGUGUUGGUGUUCAAUGGUGAGAAGAUCAGGGCGAGGAGUAAGAUCGCGAGACAGAUUAUGGCGCAGGAGCAUCAUUGAUGGCCAUUGUGUUAAGCAUAGCGUGAAGGGCUUGGGUUUUGUAAAUAAUAUAGGGCGUUUGAAGCAUUUAAGACUUCUGCUCAUAAUAUGUAUCCCUUUUAGAGUUCGUUUUCCAUGUUGGUCGUUCGGCCAGUGAUCGCCCUGCCAUCUAUUGUACAGAACAAUUCUG